AUGGGGUCAGUAGCAAAGAGAGGAUUCCAACAGUACUUGUUACAGCUUGAACAACACCCCUUGAGAACUAAGGCAAUUACAGCAGGGGUGUUGUCAGCUGUCAGUGACAUAGUAGCACAGAAACUCACUGGCAUACAGAAACUUCAAAUCAAAAGGAUUUUGCUCAAAGUGCUUUUUGGGUUCGGAUAUCUUGGACCAUUCGGGCAUUUCCUACAUUUAUUGCUUGACAAAAUUUUCAAGGGAAAGAAGGAUACCGCAACAGUUGCCAAGAAGGUGGCUGUGGAGCAGUUGACAGCUUCUCCUUGGAACAACUUGGUUUUCAUGAUUUAUUAUGGGAUGGUUAUUGACGGAAGACCCUGGAGGCAGGUGAAAACUAAACUGAAAAAGGAAUACCCAGCAAUACAGUUCACAUCAUGGACGUUCUGGCCAGUCGUUGGAUGGGUAAAUUUCCAGUACGUGCCGCUGCAGUUCCGUGUCAUCUUCCACAGCCUUGUUGCAGUAGGCUGGGGAAUAUUUCUAAAUCUCCGGGCAAAGUCUAUGGCGUUGACCAAAGGUUCAUAG